AUGGGUCUCUUCUUCCCUAACUUGGGUGAUGGCGACAGUUUCAAGGACUGGAGUCUGUAUCAAGUGUCCAAAUUUUAUGGAAACCUCAAUGGUACGACUCUUGCCACUGUCGGCAGCAGCGGGGUUCUUUCAUUCUCAGCCUCAAGAGUUCUGUCCAGCUUUGCUGGCUUGGUCUUUGCCUGGUUCCUGGGCAGCUGCAUCUGGUAUCGCUACUUGUCGCCCAUAUCUAAUAUUCCUGGUCCUUUCUUGGCCUCGUUUUCAAGAUUAUGGCUUAUCAAAACCUUGAUUCAAGGAAGAGGAGCCAGCGAGCUCGCUGAUCUGCAUGAAAAGUACGGCGCAUUUGUGCGUAUAUCUCCCUGGGAGGUCAGCGUUUGCCAUGUCGAUACUGUCAAGAAGUUGUACCUUCAGCCUUUGCGUAAGGGCACCUUUUAUGAGUUCGCCACCUACCCAGACUGGCGAUUCCAAAACCCCAUGUCCGAACCAGAUCCGAGGCGAAAGUUGGAGCGCUCCAAAACGUUCGCUGCUGGCUUCCUGCAAAGCAGCAUUCUACGCUCCGAGGACGUCAUAUCAGACACCAUUUCCCAGCUGCUAGACCACAUGGACCGCUACGAGCAGCGCAAUGAGCCUAUGGAUCUAGACAAAUUCUUCACAUAUACCGCUUUCGACGUCGUGGGCGAGGAGAUGGUGACCUGGGCGUCCCACCUCCGCGAGCUGCAUUACAUCGCAGUCAACCCCAUCAUGACCUGGCUGAGUCUGACGCCAGCAGCUUGGCUGGGUGAGACAGCCUUUGCAGCCGUAAAGGACCGCAUGGCUCGGCCAGUCGAAAACUUUGAUAUGCUCAGUCACUGGCUGAAGUAUAUGGAUGACAACCCUGGCAAGGCUACCACGCGCGAGAUCAUGGCGCAGGCUACGAAUGUCGUCGGCGCUGGGUCGGAUACCACUUCCUGCCUGCUGCACGACCGCGUAUUGCCGUUUUCUGAAGUCCGGGAGCUACCAUACCUACAAGCUUGCAUCAAGGAGGCACUCCGCAUUCACACACCCAUUCUCAUGCCGCUACCACGCCUAGCACCAGAAGGAAGUAUCGAGAUCGGUGGGCGCUGGUUCCCCGAAGGCAUCACUCUUUCAGGCUCUCAGUGGGUCCUGCAUCGUUCGCAUGCUCUCUGGGGCGACGACGUGGACAAGUUCAAGCCCGAACGGUGGCUGGGCGACGAUGCGGCCGGGCUAGAGAGGUGCUUCAUGCCGUUCGGGGCUGGGUUUAUGUCGUGUCCUGGGCAACAUCUCGCUCGCAUUGAGGUGUUGAAGAUCACGGCUACAAUAAUCCGUGACUACGACCUGCAGCUUGUCCACCCCGAGAAAGAGUGGCAGUGCGAGAUGUUGUUCGCUCAGGUCCCUCAUAGUUGGCUUGUCUAUGUGACGAAGAGGAAUAGGACCUAG